AUGAUGUAUUCGAUACAUUUUAUUAUCGCAUUCAUCUACGCGGUCGAUGGAAUCCCCCAAUAUUUUUUUGGUAAGUCAAUUCUUACUUUAAUUCUCGUAUUUUACAAAAAAAAUAUUUUUGAUUAUGCAAAUCCAAUCUCAGAUGCAUUCAAAAAAGCGGAGCAAGAUGUGGCGACCAUCUACAAUUACACCGAACCGAGGCUUUUCAAUCAUUAUGGUGGGUGAAAUAUGCAUUUUCAUUUCAAAAAAUAUUUGAAUAUGCAAAUUUCUGAGUUUUGAAAAAUUUGAAUAUUUAAAUUUUUCAGAGUCAGCCUCGUCUUUACCACUUUCUCACGCCCGAAAUGAUUGGCUACACUUCACGUAUUCGACGCCUGAGGCGAAAAGAAAGGCCUUCCUUGGCUACACGAUGCUUCGGACAGCCGAACUCAUGAAAACGUAAGAAAAAAAUUGUAAAAUACGCGUAAACAAUCAUCGUCUUUAUUAACAGGGGAAGUACUCAAGUGCGGCGCUCAGAUUUUGAUGAAGCCUGUUGCAAAUUUAGAACAAUUUUUUAAGAAAUAAGCGUGACUCCUUGGCUCACGCUUUGCAGAAACGACCGGCAUUACUACUAGUCGUUUCAUAAAGUGCGUAGACUUUUCGUCGCAAAUUUUCCACACUGUUGCAUUUGAUUUUUUUUUUUUAUUUCUAUAAUUCCGUAUUUUACCAAACACCGUUUUAUUAUUUCUGUUUCCAUUUACUUUAUUUUCAGCCCCGUCUCCGCUCUAAGACACAUCAGAGGCGAUGAAAUGGUGGCAGAUGAGCAGUGCGACCAAAACAAAUUCACAUGUAGUAAUUACAAUUACCGUGCCUAUGAUGGGAGUUGUAAUAACAUCAAAAGACCCGACUGGGGAGCGACUUACACUCCAUUCCAGCGAGAAAUCGAUGCUGAUUACUCGGACGGUACGCAGAUUUCAAAAGAAAAAUACAUUAAAAAUUUAGUAUUGUAGAAACGUAUUUUACCCUUUUCCAGGACUGACAAGCUUCCGGAAAUCAGAAAACGGUGAUGACUUGCCAAACCCGAGAGCUUUGUCUAGGAUAUUUUUCAACGAAAGACAAUCGGAUGAGAGGAUAAAGGAAGUGAGUGCGAUGUUUCCCUCGUGGGGACUGUUCGUUCUUACGGAUAUGGUUCAGAUUGGGAGUUAUCAGCUAAUCCAAGGUAAAAAUUUUUAUUUUUAUUAUUUUUUUUGACUGUGAGAGUAUUAGUGAUGAGAUCUAUGGCAUUAAUUUGAAAAAUUUAUAUUUUUUCCUGCCUGAAAACAUGUGUAAAUUGCGACUUUCAAAUUUUCAUUAAAAUUGGCAAAGACUUAUUUGUAAUGCGUUUUUCAAUUUUUAACGAAAGAGUCUUAGCUUACAGUCUACAGAAGCAACAAGAUUUUUAAGUCAAUAAGAGUCAAAAUUAAAGAUUUUUACGGAUUCCGUUUUUUCAUUGUCAAGAACUGCCCCUUUUUUCUUGAAACCAAAAUAUUUUUUGCUUUGAGGCACAACGUUUAAAACCAAAUCAUUGCUUUCAAUCCACUUAUUUCCCCCUCUUUUGGUCAUCUUUUCCUCCUUCAGACGACAUCCACAUUCCUCUACCCUGUUGCGAAAACAAUUCCCAUCCCGAAUGCAAGCCCAUCCCGGUCCCAGAGAACGAUCGAUUUUACAAUAGGACCAUUGACUGUAUCGACUACUCAAGAACCAUGAUCGCCCCAAGAAAUUGUGCCUUCGGUCCUCGAGAGCAGCAGAAUCAAGCGACGGGAUAUUUGGAUGGGAGUGCCAUUUAUGGAAGCACCGAAGAAAAGGCCCGGGAAUUGAGGGAACUCAAAAAUGGUCGGCAUUUUUUGGUUCAAAGUUUUGCGACUAGCAAAAUUUUUAAUUUGUCAAAAAUUUUUAUUUCGUAUUUUAGGACGGCUUCGAGUCUCCGAAAGCGCCGAAUUCGCGAAUCAAAUGCCAAUCUUGACUGGGAUUUCGGAGAAUAAAAAAUGUCCCGGAGCCCAAUCGGAGUGCUUUGUCAGUGGAUCAAAUCACAUCAAUUUGUUGCCUACGUUGCUGGGAAUCCAUACAUUGUGGAUCCGACAGCACAACACAGUCGCUGGAGUGUUACAGGUAACUUUUUAAAAGGUUUUGUAGAACCGAUAUUUUUUUUUGGAGUCCCGGAUUUAAAAGGAAUUUUCAAGACGUCCUUGUUGUCCCAAUUUUUCUUUUUUUUCAGUCCUUCAAUCCCAAAUGGUCCGACGAACAGUUGUAUCAAGAAUCCCGUCGCUUUGUUGCCGCUCAAAUCCAGCACAUCACUUACAAUGAGUAUCUGCCAUUGCUGAUUGGCCGAGAGACUUGGCAUGGGUAUAGACUGAACCCCCAUCGAAGUGAUUUACAGGUGGACCCGUAUGACAUGAGUGUUGAUGGAUCGGUGAUCAACAGCUACGCCACGGUCGCUGGACAGGUAUGAUUUGAAAAUUUUACAGAGGUUUGCGGGGUUGCUUUGAAAGCUUGGUAUUUUUAAGACUUGUCGUUUGGCAUAAUAAUUAAUUACUAUGAAAAAAUUAAUCACUUUUAAAUAAGCAAUGUCCGUAAUUUAGGUGGUUUUCACAAUGCUGGCCGAUUCCAUGGCUCAGCUGGAGCGAAGUGGCUACAGAAGAAUGGAAAAGCCCCUUGGAGAGUACAUAAAUCGGAUAAAAACUUUGCUGGUUGAUCAGGACAUCGAGUCAAUUCUGCGGUAAGUCAACCACAAUUUUCAUCAAAUUUAGCACUAAAAGUUAGGUUUCUGCAAAACAAAAAAUCAAAAAAAUUAACGAAAAUAUCUCUAGCUAUCUUCUGAGAGACCACUCCGACGCCUACGGUCUCCAUCUUCCCCAUGACCUUCGAAACAACCUUUUCAAAAGCACUGCUGGUCUUGGCCUAGACUUGGCCACCAUGUGGAUUCAGAUGGGCCGAGAUCAUGGCAUCCCGCCAUACACAAAAUGGCGAGAACAUUGUGGAGGAUCUCGCAUCGAUUCUUUCGAUGAUCCAGAUUUCCGUAGAGACAUUACGAAUGCUGAAGAUGUAAUCCCGGCAUUGAAGAGAAUGUUCAAUUCUGUUCACGACGUGGAUUUGAUCAUCCUUGGGUUGGCUGAGAAACCGGUGAGAGGCGCAAUUGUUGGGCCAACUUUGGGAUGCAUCGUGGGAAAACAGUUCAAGAAGACCAAAUUUGGAGAUCGAUUUUGGUACGAGAACACAAUUGCUCCAUGGGGAUUCACGAAAGCCCAGUUGAAUGAGAUCAGAAAGACAACUCUGGCACAAGUGCUUUGCGAAAACUCGCAACUGCCUCUGAUUCAGCCACAGGUCUUCAAAUACGUUGACAAGAAAGAGUAAGACAGCAUCUUAUAUGUAUAGUCGUCCAAAAAGUUUGGCUACGUAUUCUGUGGCAAAAGCCUUGAUCAAUAACGGAAUAUAAAGCCCGGAAUUACAAAGUUUUUAUUUUUAGCAACUUUCCUCUUCUCUGCAACACCAGCGACAUUGUCCAGCAGAGUUUUGAGCCAUGGCGGGACAGCGAAAACGUCGUCCAAAUGCCUGUCACAAUGGCAACUGUUGAAAAAGCCAUCGAGAUCGGGUUGAAAGUUGUGAAGGAAAGAAGGAAACGAGAGACCGAAAACAUCAAGAAAUGUGGGUUUAAAAUAGAUUUUAUUUAUGUUUGUAUUGGUAGAUCAAGGAGUAUAUAAACGAGGGGAUCCUUUGCUGGCUUACGGUCAAAUGAUGAGGGCGAAGAAAGAAGCCCUACACACUUCUACUGUGUCAUCGGUGCUUCUGGAAGCUACAAGGUUUUUGGUGAAUAAGUAAGUUGAAGGAGCCUAGAAGUGCUCCCAUAAAUUCUACCAAUAACUAAAUAAAUUCUUGCAAUUUUUUCAGCGGAUCCCUCAGCCGAGAUGGAGGCAUUUCUGAAGUGAAGCUGGACUCCGAGACGCUUCAGAGGCUCCUUCCAGAUCUGGAUGUCUCCGAGUUUGUGGGAAAUAUCGUCCCAUUCCUCGGUACCGACGGAUCCAUCGAGAAAUGUCUACCCAAAGAUCUACCUUGCGAUCACACUUCUCCUUACCGGACGUUUAGUGGAUGGUGUAAUAAUCUUCGGUUCCCCCAUUAUGGCAAUUCUUUCGGCCCUCUGCGACACAUUUUUCCCCCAGAUUAUGAAGAUGCUAUUGAUGCGCCAAGAGCUUUCAGCGUCACCGGACAUAGGUUGCCGCUUGCUAGAGCAAUCUCCAAUGCAAUCCAUGUGGAUUCCAACGCUUCGGAUGAGAAGUUCACGCAUAUGGUAAUGCAGUUUGGGCAGUUGCUGGAUCAUGAGAUCACACAUUCGCCCGUGGAAAGAGGUGGGAGUUUUACAGCAAUCUUGGGGCGAUUUUUUUUAUUUUGAAGAUUCACUUGUUAUAAAUUCUUGAAAAUCUUAACUAGCCCUCUGAAUCUUCACUGGAGAUACUCAGCCAUCUUUAUUUAGGUCCAAACAACGAGAUCCUCAACUGCACCCGUUGUGACUCGCCUCAAACCCUGAGCGUCCAUUGUAUGCCCAUCCCAGUCCCAGAUGAUGACGACACUCUCCACCAAGAUUUGGAUGGGAACAAACAAGAAUGUUUCCCCAUGGCCAGAUCUUUGCUAGGCCAGUUGAGCUUGGGAUAUCGUAACCAACUGAAUCAACUGACGGCUUUCAUCGAUGGAAGUGCCAUUUAUGGUUCAACAAAAUGUGAGGCGGCGGUUUUACGGAAGUUCCAUGCGGGCUUGAUGAACUUCACGUACCUCGGAGCGCAUAAUACGUGAGUUUGCAGGAGUAAUUUGCUUUAAAAUCAGGAAAAUUCAAGAAGAAAAUAUACAAUUCUAGCGAAGCGCUUCCUCAAGGAGACCAAGAGCAAGAUUGUCGAUCGAAGCCGCGAUUUCCUUGCUUCGAGGCCGGCGAUGAGCGAAACAGUCAUCAGCCCGGUCUUACCGCCAUGCACAACAUUUUCCUCCGCCAACACAACGCGAUUGCCCGUGAUUUGGCCAGAAUAAAUCCGCAUUGGGACGACGAAGCACUGUAUCAGGAGAGUCGGAAGAUUGUUGGCGCCAUUUUCCAACACAUCGUUUACGACGAAUACCUCCCAAAACUCUUGGGACGUCGUUAUAUGGAGAAGUACGAGCUUUCCACCAAAAAAUCCGGGUAUUUCCGGAAAUACGAUGACUCUUGCGACGCCAGUAUUUCUCAUCCAUUUGCCACGGCAGCGUUUAGAUUUGGUCACACGUUGAUUCGGAGGUUCUUCCCCCGCUUAAACCAGUAUUACAAAAAUUUCACGGCUCCCGUCGAUCUCCAGGAGCAUUUUAAUAACGUGGAGCCGGUCUAUGACCAUGAGAAAGGAGGAAUUGAUUCGAUUAUUGUGGGAUUGUUAGGGACAAGAUGCAUGGCAUUUGAUCGGCAUAUCACGGAUGCGGUGAGGAAUCAUCUCUUCCAACAAAAAGGAUUUCCACACUCGGGAUUCGAUCUGAUUGCGUUGAAUAUUAUGAGGGCCAGAGAUCAUGGAGUCCAACCGUAUAAUCGAUUCAGGUAAGAGGAGGAGAUUUAAGGGGGAGCAGAACAUCUUGGCCCUUUAAAACACGAAUUUGAUUCAACAUUGACCCUAAGUUACCUGACAAAAUUUUCAGAGAAUUCUGCGGUUUGAAACGCGCAAACAAUUUCUACGAUCUCCACGACGUGAUGGCCGCAGAGUCAGUGAAGGCAUUGGAGUCGAUUUAUGAGGAUGUGGAUGACAUUGACCUCUUCCCUGGCCUCUUCUCUGAACGCCCGUUGGGCGGAGCCUUGAUGCCACCAACUAUGGCGUGCUUACUUGGCGAACAAUUCCAACGACUGAAGAAUUGUGACAGGUUUUAUUAUGAAAAUGAUAUCCCUGAAACAAGAUUUACCCCAGGUGAGAAGUGCAUGACCUUUUGAGACAAAAAUCCAGUAAUUUUUUUUUAUUUUUAUGAUGUAAUCUUAUACCGUAUUUGCAGAGCAACUCCAAGAGAUUCGAAGCGUUAAAUUGGCCACUGUCUUGUGCAAUAACAGUCUGAAUCUAACGCGAAUUCAGCCAGAUGUAUUUAGUAUCCCGAACAGCUUGAGGUAGAGUUUAUAUCGGUAAAGGAAAGUAACGUUCUUCUUUUUAGUAACGCCCAAAUUCCGUGUACCAAUUUUCCCAGGAUCAAUCUGAAAGCUUGGGAGGACACUUGUAAGUUUUUUUCAACAAAUAAAACAGUAGUGGUAGAAAAAGGCUAAAAUUUAGUUUUUGGGAAAAUCUAGCGUUUUGAAGUUCAGAGAUGACAAAUUGCUUCUGCAAUGCCUGCGUUAACAUGGGCACAAAACUUUUCAGGCAAAAAUUUGUGGAAAAGUGUGACAUUUUAGUAAAAUUUCGCCAAAAAAUCUCGGUCGUUUCUGCAAAGCGCGAGCCUGGACUCUUGCAUAGUAUAGCUUUGAAAAUUUUAAUCAAAAUUAGUGCCAAGUUUUUCCUACAUGUCAAAUAAAACUUUUCUGGUCUCGCCUCCUAAUAUUCACCCGACUUUUGUUCAGCGGUCUGUCGAAUCGGCAACAGUGCUGUGCCCCGAGGCUCGAGUAAACAGCGUUCACCUUGCGUGAAUUGUAUGUGCACAGCAACGGGUCUUGAAUGCCGAUCAAUCCGUGUUCCCGAUUGCCGCGCAUUAAUUCGGAACAACAUCCUGACAGAGAUCAAAGCGGACGUUACUUGUAUGGUUCAGUGUGCGGGAGUGCUGAGAAAACUUUAG